AGCGUUAUUUAUCGAUGAAGAAGGCGCCAUGUUUUAAAAUUUUUGCUAACUCGAUAAAUAAGAAACACAAAUAUUGGCAGCAUUCUUGGUCAUUCUUCGCAGUUUUUAGUAUUAUUAUCGUUUUUAAUGUUUUUAGGAAUAUACCUUGAUCAUUUUUUGACGGGUAUUAAGGUUAUUAAGGUGUGAUAUAGUCAAAAUAUUCUAUCGUGCGUUUAUAUGUUUGUGAUUACUCGGUGUUUGAAAGAUCAAAGAAACAUCUAGCAUUUUCAGAGGUGUGGUUUAGUGAUGUGUUGCAAUGAAAAGGGAGACUGGAAGAAGUAAGGGCAGCACAUCUAUUCAUGGCGAUGUUAAGAAGAAAAAAGAGCGUGGUGUACCAACUGCUGUUGAGGAAAGGAUAAGGCAAAGUCAUAGACGAUUAGUUGAUGCUUCAAGCAAGUCCAAUAACCAGUCGACAUUAAAACCAGGAAAACCCAAACGUCAUUUUAUUCCACCGCCUGCACGAACCUCGCCAGGCAAGAAGACUAUUGCUUGGGAGGGAAACACUCACAGACUGGAAAUUGCUCCGACUAACUUAACAAGUACAAGACGAUCUCUAAAAGUUGAUGAUCUUGACACCUCAGAGGAGGAAGGAACGCGUGAUAAAUUAAGAGUAUAUGAAAGAACAAUUGGAAAUCUAAUGGAUGAACUGGGAACAUUAAGACACGAGGUUAGUAAACAUGAUAGUUCACGAUCCACGCAGAAAAAGAAUGAACAGUUGAAUGCAAGUAAAAAACUUAUUGAAGAACAAGAGGAGGAAAUAAUGGAUUAUCGUGUGGAAUUACGUAAUACACUGAACGUGAACAAAGAACUGAAGAGUUCAGUGGAAAGAUUAAGAGAUGAUGCGAAUAAAUCCAGAUCGGAGGUAGAAAUUGUUGCCCAUGAGCGAGAUGUAUUGGUCAAGAAACUUGUUGAAGCCGAGAUGGACGCAAAAUCUACCAGUCAUAUGGUUUUAAAGCUGAAGGACACGGUUAAUAAGCUGAAUGAGGAUCGUCGGAUGUCUUCCGCUGAUGUUGUAAACUUGAUCAGACAAAAAGAAGGACUUUUAAGAAAACUUUCAGAUUUUGAAGUCACCAAUAAAGCUCUCAGGAAGCUACUGAAAGACCAAAGUCAGUACGAGAGUAACGGAGAAAGACUAAAAGAACACCAUGAUAUCUUAUUACAACGACUAGCAGAAACCAAUGAAGAAAAUAAGAAUCUCCUGUUUAAAUUGCACGAGAGGGAUAAAGAAAUUGAGGCUUUGUUGGCGGAAGUGAAAGCAGACAAGAAUCAGGCUGUUGCGUUUGACGAACUCAAGAAAACCAUGGAAGUAACACGUGCUCACUUGCAGAAAGAACUUCGCACACGUGAAAUGGAAUGCGAGAGAUUGAACGUGCAAAUGAAGGAAACUAACCAACAGUGUGAACAUGAAAGAAUGGAAGCCGAACACAUGAGAGGCUUGGUCGAAGCAUUGAGAGAGAAAAGUCAAAGAGAAAAAGAUGCGUUAAAAAAGGCUGCAAGAUUGCAAAAAGACCGUGCCGCUGACCUGGAAAGAAACGUGGACUCACUAAAGCAGAUAUUGGACAAGGAAUUGGCCGAAGCUAAACACAAUGUGGAUGCCUUAAAAGAUAGAGAAACAAAGUUUAAGAAGGAAAAGACAUCUUAUGAAGCAAGAAUUGACAAACUCCAGAGUCGUGUUGGUGAGCUUGAGCAAAUAGUUGAACAUACUGAUAACGCUGCAAAGCAAAGCAAGGAAGCUCUUCAAACAAAACUACAAACUCGAAUCCAAGAGAUAACAUCACUACGAGCUGAGAACGAAAGACUAAAAAUCGAAGUGGAAAGUUUUGAGGAACGAUUAAAAGCUGAGGAAGAAAGGAAUUUUGCUAAGAUUGAUAAAUAUCGUCGUGAGGUUGAAGAAGCUCGUAUGAUUGUCCAAGAAAAGAACGAUCUUUUAGAAAGAGUGAAACAAGAAGGACAUCUGGAAACAGAAAAGGUUAGGAUAGGUUUACAACAACGUAUUGCAGAACUGGAGCCAGUGUCUGAACUAUUCAAGGCGUCUGAACGUCGUCUUCAGGAUUCUCAGGACAUGAUGUUAGACUACGAACGCAGAGCAAGUGAUCACAAACAAUUGAUUUCGGAAUUAACGCAAAAGGUUGAAAUGCAAAGUGACCAAUUGGAGGAAAUACGGGAGAAAUGGCGCAAUUCUCAAGAGUACAACAAAGAGAACGACAAAAGAUAUGAUUCACUUGAAAGAAAGUACGAACAGCUGAGUCAUGAAAAUCGAGAUCUUAUAGCAUCUGUAAGCAGAGGGGAAGAGGCAUUGAAGCAAACACAAGAAAAACUUGAUGAUAAAAAGGAAGUGAUUGCAAAGUUGACGUAUCAACUCGAGGCGGCUCUCGCUGAUGCUAGAAGACAAGCCGAAAGUCAACGUGAGAAGAAUAUUGCUAAGGAAAGAUCAUCUCAGGCUCGUAUCGCUGACUUGGAAGCUCAGUUAAGUCGAGCGACUGCAAACGUUGCCCAAAUGAAGAGAGAAAAAGAUGAGGUUGAACGACGUUUCACCUCCCGUCUCAGUGACAUGCGUGAUCGGUUAGAUCAAGCGAACACGACCACACGUAGUAUGCAAAACUAUGUUUCCUUCCUCAAGUCCUCCUAUAGUACAGUAUUUGAUGAUAUGGACGAUGGCCGCUGACCACUUCAGCUCAUUGAUUGCGACCCCAACUGCUUGAAAUCGUUUCCUUUGUUUACCCAAAAUCCUUUUCAGGCAUUACGAUGUACGACGGGUUUAAUUCUCCCCAGUACAGUUACUGGUUUAUAUCGUCGACUCGAGCUAAAUUUGGAAUGUGCAUGCAAAAUGGGAAUUUAGAGAAUCAAAAAUAUUCCAGUGUUAAUUCAUAAGUGCAUUCAUAAUUAUGUUCGUAUUUCGCCUCCAUCCAUUUCAUUAAGAAACACACAAUAGAAAUUCCGAAGCAACAUACCACGAUAAAAAAUAGGACCAGAGUGAACUAAGGGUUUAAAGAUAGCAUUGUGUUUGUAGGGUAAUAUUGCAUGGGUUUGGUUGGGACUUAUUUUUUAUACAUCUAUUUAUAAACGUUUUAGACAAUCUAGUAUUUUUAUAUAGCUAUAGUGAUUCUUCCAAUUUUUACAGUGAUCUAUCAAGGCAUAUGAUGUUGUAAUAUAGUUUAAACGCUUAAUUUAGAGCUAGAAUAUAUAACCUUAAUUUUGUUUUA